AUGAAAGACGUAAUAGAUGUGAUGGCAUUACAGAGUAGUAGACGAGAAAGACGAUUACCUGAUUACCGUAGUGCUCCAAGUCAUAGUUUAGCAACAAAUUUCAUAUUUGAGUGUGGCAUAAAACUAGGAUUACAACCGGCGACUGUAGCUACAGCUGCUAUAUUUUAUCAUAAAUUCUUUAAGGAAGCUGAUAAAAAUGAUUAUGAUUGCUACGUGAUUUGUACUGCUUGUUUGUGUGCGGCGGGGAAGUCACGAGAUGAACCUGUGAGACUGAGAGAUGCAGUGAAUGUUGCACAUAAUUCUAUCAACCGUGGUGCGGGGCCUUUGGAAUUGGGCGAUGAGUACUGGUCGUGGCGGGGAGCUGUUGCUCAGGCAGAGUUGCUAGUGCUGCGACUACUCGGCUUCAACUUGGACGCACCAUCUCCUCACAGAUACCUCCUUCACUACUUGCGUACGCUGCAGGAAUGGUUCCCACCGUCACAGUGGCGCUCUGCCCCCAUUGCUCGCACUGCUAUGGCGUUCUUGCAAGACUUCCACCAUUCCCCAUCUAUUCUAGAGUACAGAGCUCCUCAUGUAGCAGUAGCUUGUUUGACUCUGGCACUCCAUGUCUUGGGAGUGUCGGUACCAUUGGCCUCCACAUUAGAUGAUGAUGCUGCAUGGUAUUCGGUAUUUACCAAAGAUUUACAAAAGGAGAAGAAUUGGGAGAUAAUGGAGAAAAUAAUGCAGGUGUAUAGUAGAGAGCCCGAACCUAUAUAG